GUUUCUGCCGGAUGCAGUUCAAUGUAACCACUAAAAUCAAACAUGGAGGACGUUGACAAGAAAUUGUACAUCUAACAACGAAUCAGGUCACAUUUAAACGCGCAGGAAUUAUUGGCAUAGUAUAGCAGCAAGUCAUUGGAUCACACAUCAAAACAAAAAAACAAGAGUCCAAGAUGUUCUGCAGGAGGCUAUGGCUAAAGCCAGGGACUGGAUUUUGGACUGCAUCCCAGCAGGGUGCUCACAACCUUGCUUCUUUCCAUCAAGCCUCCCUGCUCCCCCAGAGGAAGCUCCGGGGCCUGCUGUUCCCCUUCAGUGAGCUGGAGCCCCACUUGGCUUGUUCAGUGGAUAGGGCCCACUUCCAGCUCUUCCAGCCCAGUGUGGAGGACAUAGCCAAGGCAGAGAAACUCUUCUCCCCGUCCCCCUCACACAAGAUCGAUUACCACACCUCCGCCGUGAGGAUGGAACACGCACCCUCACAGAACCAGCCAGAGGUGUGUUUCAUCGGCAGGAGUAAUGUGGGGAAGUCAUCUCUCAUCAGAGCUCUGUUCUCCUUGGCUCCUGACGUAGAAAUUAGAGUCUCCAAAACACCAGGCCAUACCAAGAAGAUGAACUUUUUCAAAGUGGGCAAAGCUUUCACCAUGGUGGACAUGCCUGGUUAUGGAUACAGGGCUCCCAAGGACUUUGUGGAGAUGGUGGAGCACUAUCUGGGUUCAAGAAAAAAUCUGGUGAGGACCUUCCUUUUGGUGGACGGCAGUGUUGGGCUGCAGGAGGCAGAUAUGAUCGCCCUGGAGAUGUGUGAAGAGUUCAGUCGGCCUUACGUGAUUGUGGUGACCAAGAUCGAUAAGUGUCGCCAGGGGGUGCUGUUGACUAACCUGCUGCAACUUCAGGACAUCAUAACACAAACUGUUGGCUGCUUCCCACAGCCCUUCCUGGUCAGUUCUCUCCAUUUUUCUGGGAUAUACCUGCUCCGUUGUUUCAUUACCCAUGUGACCGGGAGCAUUCAGCUGGGAGACACUUGUCAAAGCUGAUCUGAGACCAGUUAACCACCCCUUCUCUUUGACUUCACACUGGAGCACAGCUGAGAACUGCUUUGGAAUCAGCUCAUACAAACUCAAUCUAUGAACGCUCUCACCACUGAUACAGUAGCCUAUUGUGGACAGAUUUCAGAACUGACCGGAGAUCAGUUGCUAUACUUGGCUCAUGUGCUGCUACAGUGUUUCUCUUCUGACCCCUAAACCAUUAUAACAAAGCAGACCGCUGAUCUGAGAACUCCUUCCCCUGCUUUCUUAUGGACACGGUACUGUGUGAUUCUACUGGAAUUUUCACCUUGGGAACAGAGCCAAACUAAUAGCUGACCUGAAGACAAUUUCCCAGAAGAACCUCUUCACCUUUAGUGUUUGUGUACAUUGUUUACUAUAGUCAAACUGCUAUUUCUGUACAGUGCAUUCGGAAAGUAUACAGACCCCUUUACCACUUAAAAAUGGAUUCAGUAGUUUUUUUCCCCUCAUCAAUCUACACACAAUACCCCAUAAUGACAAAGCAAAAACAGCUUUUUAGAAAU